GUAUCUCUCUACACCGUGCUCCGGGCUCACGCUGGAGCGAGCCGAGGAUGAGUCAGCGGCCGGGAAGGGGCGGGAUGCAGGGUUCGGCCGUCCUGCUAUACUACGGGAAACCCGAAAAUAUGGGAAUUCGGCCCAAGUCCCGAGGAGGGCGGUACGGUUGGCAACGCUGACAGAGAGUGCAAGCCUGGCGGAAUGCGAGGCGACGCGAACGUGGCUGGACGCCUCGACCACACGGACACAACAGGCAGCCAGUCGAGGCGCGUGCAGCAGCCAGAGCGGUCACUUCACGGAUUGAGCUAGAACUAAGAUGGUAUGCGCCCUUCCCUUUUGUCUGGUAUCUUAUUAAUUGUAAAUGUAUAGUGGUAUCAAAUAAUAUCGCGUGUAUAAAUAUUUAUUCUCUAGAAUGAUCGUGCCAUCAAGCACAAGUAAAUUUGUCCACCGUCAGCUCAGUUUGUGUGGGGUUAGUGAAAGCCGAUUCGAGCACCAACCUCAGGGGCUCCUGUGUACAACAAGAAGUUCAGGACGAGUAGCCAUUUCCGUCCGAGCCACACGGGAGAAAGGCCAUUUGCGUGUUUUGUGUGCAAGAGCACCACAAUGAGUGGUGAUCUCCGUACGCAGUUCAAAACGCACACAGGCGAGACGCUCCUGGAGUGUUCUCUGUGCAGUAAGAAAUUCAGGAGGAGUAGUUAUCUCCGCAAACAUCUCCGAACGCACACGGGAGAAAAGCCGUUCGAGUGUUCUGUGUGCAACAAGAAAUUUACGCAAAGUUCUUCCCUCCGUGCACAUCUCCAAAGGCACACAGGUGAAAGGCCUUUCGAGUGUUCUGUGUGCAACAAGAAAUUUGCGCUUAAACAUGAACUCCAGACUCAUCACCGAACGCACACGGGUGAAAGGCCGUUUGAGUGUUCUGUGUGCAACAAGAAAUUUACGCAACGUGGUAGUCUGAGCACACAUCUCAAAACCCACACCGGAGCGAAGCCCUUCGAGUGUUCUGUUUGCAACAAGAGAUUUUCUCAAAAAGAUAAUCUCCGCACACAUCUCCGAACGCACACGGGUGAAAAGCCUUUCGAGUGCUCUGUGUGCAACAAGAAGUUUAGCGCGAGUGGCAAUCUCCGCACACAUCUCCUAACGCACACGGGUGAAAGGCCCUUGGAGUGUUCUGUGUGCAGCAAGAAAUUUACGCAAAGUUCUGAGGUCGGGGAACACCCCAGAACGCACACGGGUGAAAAGCCCUCCGGGUGUUGUGUGUCCAACUUGAAAUUAACGACGAGUGGCCAGCUCUUCGAGUGUUCUGUUUGCAACAAGAAAUUUUCGCAAAGUGGAGGACUUCGUACACAUCUCCUAACGCACACAGGUGAAAGGCCUUUCGAGUGUUCUGUGUGCAACAAGAAAUUCAGCACAAGUAGUCAACGCCGCGUACACUCCCGAACGCACACGGGUGAAAGGCCGUUUGAGUGUUCUGUGUGCAACAAGAAAUUUGUCCAAAGUGGAGGACUUCGUACACAUCUCCGAAUGCACUCAGGUGAAAGGCCUUUCGAGUGUUCUGUGUGCAAAAAGAAAUUCAGUACGAGUAGUCAUCGCAACGUACACCUCCAAACGCACACAGGUGAAAGGCCCUUCGCGUGUUCUGUGUGCAACAAGAAAUUUCCGCGUAGUUAUGAGCUCCGCAAACACCUCCGAACGCACACAGGCGAAAAGCCUUUCGAGUGUCCUGUGUGCAAUAUGAAAUUUACAACGGGUGAUAGUCUCCGUCCACAUCUCCGAACGCACACGGGGGAAAAGCCAUUCGAGUGUUCUGUGUGCAAGAGGAAAUUUUCACGAAGUGGUAUACUCCGUAGGCAUCGCCGAACGCACACAGGUGAAAGGCCCUUCGAGUGUCCCGUGUGCAACGAGAAUUUUACGACGGAUAGUACUCUCUCUACUCAUCUCCUAACGCACACGGGUGAAAAGCCUUUCGAGUGCUCUGUGUGCAACAAGAAAUUUACGACGAGUAGUAGUCUCCGCACACACCUCCGAACGCACACGCUAGAGGGACCUUUCGAGUGUUCUGUGUGCAACAAGAAGUUGACGACGAGUGGUCGACUUGAAAUACAUCUCCGAACGCACACGGGUGAAAAGCCUUUCGAGUGCUCUGUGUGCAACCAGAAAUUUAGCUUGAGUAAGAGUCUCCACAUACAUUCCCGAACGCACACGCGAGAAAGGCUCUUCGAUUGUUGUGUGUGCAACAAGAAGUUGACGACGAGUGCUCGACUUAAAACACAUCUACGAACGCACACGGGCGAAAACUCUAAAUAGCCGUUUUUUGUCAGUUUCAGUCCUGUGUCACCUUAAUUAAA